CGGGGCCGACAGAAACGCUCCAUCGCAGCUGUCAAAAAGUGUUGAGCCGACUGCCGUGCCUUCGUUCUUUCUCUUCCGGGCAGUGUACCGAAACUGUUGUGACACAUUUCGCCAAGAUGUUCAUGCCAAAAGCACAUCGCGUCGCCAUCUACGAGUACCUCUUCAAGGAGGGCGUGCUGGUCGCGCAGAAGGAUUUCUACGCCCCGAAGCACCCGGAGCUGGAGAACAUCCCGAACCUGCACGUCAUCAAGACGAUGCAGUCGCUCAAGUCGAAGAACUUCGUGAAGGAGCAGUUCGCCUGGCGCCACUACUACUGGUAUCUGACCAACGAGGGUAUCGAGUACCUGCGCGCCUUCCUGCACCUGCCGUCCGAGAUCGUGCCGUCGACGCUGAAGCGCGCCGCCCGCUCGGAGCCGCAGCGUGCCCGCACCCAGGCCGGCCCCCGGCCCGAGGGUCCGAAGACCGGCGAGGACCGCCAGGCGUACCGGCGCAUGCAGCAGGCCGCCCCGGCCGACAAGAAGGGAGACGUCGGUGUCGGUGCCGGCGAGCUCGAAUACCGUGGUGGAUUCGGCCGUGGUAAUCGUAUGUAAAGGCGUCCCUGUUUUUUCCAACAAUCAAAUCCUGUCCGGGUGUUUUUCAAGUUCGAUUCACAGCAGUACGAUAUCGUGCACACACACACACACGUGCGUGAUUGUAAUGAGCGGAAAGACGAAGUUGCGGGAAUUGUGUUGCUGUCCAGCACACAACACCCCUCCCGAAACACGCGCGCGUUGGGUGUUGUAUUCUCCUUACUUUUGUGACGUGAACGCUUCGAAAACACCAGGGUACGCUUACCUUUAUAAUUUUGUGUUAAGCAACAACAUAAAAGAAAUAAUGGAAAGACGUUCUCUUCGAUUGAAUAAAGCAGAACGAACUUUAAUGCUCUAACACAA